CAUCAGUCUGCAAACAGAGCUUCUCUUUUUUAUCGUCGUUAUUUUCUUAGGAAAUUAGUUAGUUGCAGUUAUGGAAGAUGAAGGAUGGGUUCGGGUGCGAUGGCCCACUGACAAGGACCUCUGGAAUCCUAGCUCGAUGGAGGCUGAGAGUUCUAAGCCUCUAAAGAUCACGUUCGCCGGGCCUGCCAACCACUGGACCGAUGCGCUUCCCAUCGGCAACGGCCGGCUCGGAGCCAUGGUCUGGGGCGGCGUUGCAUCGGAGACUAUCCAGCUCAACGAGGACACACUCUGGACAGGGACCCCAGGCAACUACACUAACCCUAAUGCCCCAGAGGCACUGUCGGAGGUCAGGAAACUUGUUGACAGCGGUAAAUAUGCUGAAGCUACUUCAAAGGCAGUCCAGUUGACUGGAAAUCCUGCUGAGGUUUACCAACUUCUUGGUGACAUCAAGCUGGAAUUUGAUGUUUCCCAUCUUAAAUAUAUUGAAGAAACUUACCACAGAGAGUUGGACUUGGAUGCUGCAACAAUAAGAGUAAAAUAUUCCGUGACUGAUGUAGAAUUCACAAGGGAACACUUUGCUUCCAAUCCUGAUCAAGUGAUUGUUACGAAGAUUUCUGGAAGUAAACCGGGGUCGGUAUCGUUCUCGGUGUCUCUGGAUAGCAAGUUACAUUAUCAUUCACGCAUUAAUGGAAAAAAUCAGAUUAUUAUGGAAGGAAGUUGUCCCGGUAAAAGGAUCCCCCCGGCAAUGGAUGCAAAUGACAAUCCAAAAGGAAUUCAGUUUUCUGCAAUUCUUGAUAUACAGGUCAGUAAUGACAGAGGUGUGAUUCAUGUUAUGGAUGACAAGAAGUUGAGGAUUGAGGGUUCAGACUGGGCUGUUUUGCUUCUAGUGGCUUCGUCUUCAUUCGAUGGGCCAUUCACCAAGCCUUCAGAUUCUAAGAGGAAUCCUACUCUAGAGUCUCUCGGUGCAUUGAAGCCAAUAAUGGAUUUUUCAUACAAUGACCUUUAUGCACGUCAUUUGGAUGACUAUCAGAAUCUUUUCCAUCGCGUCUCACUGCAACUUGCAAAAAGCUUGAACAGCAUUACAUCUGACGGGUCUCUGGAGUUGAAGAAAAUUGUGUCCUCUGUGACUGGUUUAUGUCUCAUGGGAAGUAAUGACGACAUGGUUUCAACUGCAGAGAGAGUGAAGUCUUUUCAAUCUGAUGAAGACCCUUCCUUGGUGGAGCUUCUGUUCCAGUAUGGCCGAUAUCUACUUAUUUCAUGUUCACGGCCUCGAACUCAGGUGGCAAACCUGCAGGGUAUAUGGAAUAGGGAUAUGCAACCAAAAUGGGACGGGGCUCCACACUUGAACAUUAAUCUUGAAAUGAAUUAUUGGCCUUCCCUUCCUUGCAACCUUAGCGAGUGCCAGGAGCCAUUGUUUGACUUUGUCUCCACUCUGUCUGUUAAUGGACGUAAAACUGCAAAAGUAAACUAUGAAGCAAAUGGUUGGGUUGUACACCAUAAGUCUGAUAUCUGGUCAAAAACAUCAGCAGAUCAAGGUGAUGUUGUAUGGGCAUUAUGGCCAAUGGGGGGAGCAUGGCUUUGUACCCAUCUAUGGGAUCACUACACUUAUACACUAGACAAGGAUUUUCUUAAGGCCAAGGCAUAUCCUUUGUUGAAUGGAUGUGCAUCAUUUCUGCUGGAUUGGUUGAUUGAAGGCCUUGGAGGAUAUCUGAAAACCAACCCUUCAACUUCUCCAGAGCAUGAGUUUGUUGCUCCUGAUGGUAAGCCUGCUUGUGUGAGCUACUCAUCAACAAUGGACAUGGCAAUCAUAAAAGAAGUUUUUGGUGCACUUGUUUCUGCUGCUGAGGUUCUGGAGAGAGAUGAGGAUUAUCUUAUCCAACGAGUGCGAAAGGCUUUGCCAAAACUUUAUCCAACAAAAAUUGCUGGAGAUGGUUCCAUUAUGGAAUGGGAACAAGAUUUUGAGGACCCAGAUGUGCAUCAUCGACAUCUUUCGCACCUAUUUGGCCUAUUUCCAGGGCACACAAUAACUGUUGAGAAAACUCCGGAUCUCUCUAAAGCUGCAGAAAUUUCUCUCUACAAACGAGGAGAGGAGGGUCCAGGAUGGUCAACUACAUGGAAAGCUGCUUUAUGGGCCCGUCUCCACAACAGUGAGCAUGCAUAUAGGAUGGUGAAGAAGUUGAUCAACCUGGUGGAUCCGGAUCAUGAGGCCCCGUUUGAAGGAGGAUUAUAUGGUAAUCUGUUUGCAGCACACCCUCCUUUCCAGAUCGAUGCCAACUUUGGGUUCACGGCAGCACUUUCCGAAAUGCUUGUGCAGAGCAGCAUGAGGGAUCUGUACUUACUUCCUGCUCUUCCCCUGGAUAAAUGGGCUAAUGGUUGUGUGAAAGGAUUGAAGGCACGUGGUGGGAUGACAGUCAGCAUUUGCUGGAAAGAAGGCGAUCUUCAUGAAGUUGGGCUUUGGUCGAAGGACCAGAAUGCCCUCGAAAGAUUACACUACAGAGGAACCAUAGUUACGGCAAACAUAUCAUCUGGCAUUAUCUACACAUUCAAUGCUCAGUUAAAAUUAGUGAAGACAUGCUCCCUCUAAAGGCGCAGCUUUUUCUUUGAAUCUCUACUUGCUGUAUAUACCUUUCUAACAGUAUCUUCUCAAGUAGUUAUCUAUUGAAUAUGCUACCGUUCACAGCAGAUUUUGCUUUUAUGAAAUGUUAGACUCUGUCAUGGUAAUUUGGUUAUUGUGUUUGUCAAAAGUAUUGGACUGAAA